CCGCACGCGCAUUAGGGCAGUGCACAGCCCGAAAUGCCACGAAACGAAUGGGUUUCGGUUACUGCACUUUGUGACGGAUGCCCACGUCCCUGCGACGUGGAGGCGGUGACGACCAGGAAAAUUCCCGAAUUGUACACCUCAAAAUAUGUGUCUGAUGUUUUCGUCCGAUGACUGAAUAGAACAAGCUAAACCACUGUUGAUGUGGAGUAAAGAUGGUUCGUUUGGUGGUAGCAAGAAGGAUAAAGAGAAACAACUUGAAAGCCGUUUGGCACAAAGAAAACGGACACAGUAGGAUCUUGUGUUAGGACACUCUACAGAUCCACGAUGUCAUCCUGUCUGUCUGAGAAAAAACUGCGACUUUUGGCUUCGAAUCUCGGAGAGGAGUGGAAGGCUGUAGCCACCUAUCUGGGAAUUAGAAGAGAUGAGGUUGAGCGGAUUCAAGCUGAUCAUUGGGGUACAGAAGAGCAGAUAUUCCAGAUGUUGAUGAUUUGGUGGCAGCGGUGGGAUCAUCUGAAUGACGGUAGCGAUAGUAUUGCCGUUGCUGCUCUUUGUGAAUCUCUCGUGAAAAGUGGAAGAUUUGACGCAGCAGAGUCAUUGAGAGGUCUGAUCGCGCAAGAUUUCAAUUUUGAUGUGUGCCUUGCCGAGUUUACCCAGUACUACAUUGACACGAUGGGUCUAGUCCCCCUGAUACCUUGGCUGCCAUCAGAGGUCAAAAGGAUAAGUGAUAUCUAUGUAAAACUGAAGCUGAUUGAGAGAGAGAACAAGGCUGGUAGAGUGGUAGUGCGUAACAUCAACUCCUAUGAGGACAUGCUUCGUCUUGAAUAUGAUAACGGUCAACCAGUCAGAUUUAUCUUGCUGUCUGGCAUUGCCGGUACUGGCAAGACAACUAUCGUGUCAAAGAUGGCAACCGACUGGGCACUUCAGAAACCAGAAUCACCGCUCUCCAAAUUCAGUCUUUUGGUUGCUUUGAGUGUUCGAGAGUUGAAGCGCGUCCCUGAUCUUGGUGAGGGAAUAUUCGACCAGAUUCUUGCGAAAGAUACAAACAUGUGUCGCACCCCUCUAACAAAUUACUUGAAGUCUCAUGCUGAAGAAGUCCUUAUCGUGUUAGACGGUGCUGAUGAGUUUAAUGAAGAAGGAUCCGAGCUGCCAACUGAAGGUGACAUCAUUGACAUUAUCAGCAACAAAAUUCUCCGUGGAUGUACCGUCCUUGUUACCACACGUCCCCACAUGGUGGACAAGCUGUGCAAGCUCAACCCUGCUUUUACUCGCAUCGAGACCAGUGGUUUCUCAGACAGUGGAGUUCAGGAAUAUGUUCAGAAGAUUUUCAAAGGUGAAAAGACAUCGGUCCGUGCCGAUCUGUAUCAGGUUUUGAUGGAAUCCAAAAGUCUGCACACUCUUGCAAGAAUACCCAUGAUGUUGUUGCUCAUUUGUCUCAUUUGGUCGGAUGAACGCAAGCUGCCUGAGACAUUAACGGAACUUUUCAGGGAAGCAGUCUUCUUCAUGAUGAAACGACACUCUGAGAAAUUUGGCAAACUCUGCGAAAAAGAAGAUUCACUUGAGCAUGAGUUAAUGCAGUUCGUGCAGGCAUUAGGCAAACCAGCGCUUGAUGGCUUGUUGCUUCCUGGUCAGAAACUGAUUUUUGAAUCGGUGGAAUUUGGAAGUGCCGAAAUGGUAGACAAAGCAUGCAGUCUUGGCAUUCUAUCACUGGAAAAACGGCGAAGAAAGUUGCGUUCAGUGCAUUAUGUCACCUUUCUCCAUAAAACCCUCCAAGAAGCAAUUGCUGGGUUUUACUGGGCUAGUCUGUUUGAAUCAGACAUGGAGUCUUUCUACCGGUAUCGCCGUUUACUCAAUGAGGAAAAUGCCUUCAAUUUGGAGUAUGUGUUGCGUUUUUGUUGCGGGGCAAAUGUCGGAGCAGCUGAGUCUCUUCUGACCUGUGUCACUGAUGUUUUCUCCAAGACAAAUCCAGAAUCAUCGAUGUCAAUGGAAAGCGAGCAUUUGCCGAAGAGCAUAGUUUGGACACCCAUUUCACUCGAGGCUAAAAAAGAGAGGAUGGUUCAACGACUGUGGCUUUUGAUGCAUUUGGAAGCACAGUCCUGGGAACUGCACAGCAUUGACAAACCUAUGAAUAGAUACAGGCUGAUAUUCAACUUUGACUGUUCAGGUGAUGAGAGAAUAGCCUUCGGAUAUUUGAUUGAAUGCGCGUCUUCUGCCAGAAUGUCGUUCCUACACGAGAUACAGAUAGUUUCCAUGAGUGCCAUUAGUGGAGCAAGUGCGACGAUCGUCACAGAAAUUCUACUCCAGGGAGUAAUGAAUAUUACAGAUCUCACGAUUGCAUUUGUAGACUAUAAGAAUGAGGAAGCCAUCCAUCACUGGCAGUUGGACCUCGGCAAGGCACUAAGUAAGAUGAAACUUCAAACCCUCUCCUUCUGUGGCCCAUCUGUUAUCGUAGAUUACGACAUAUCGACUGUCUUUGAGGGAUUAUACAACAGUAACAACUCUGCUUCUCUUCAGAACUUGACUCUUGAAUCGGUUGCUGUUAAUCCAAGAUACCUAAAGAAAUUCCUUGAAAAGCAAGGGGAGCUUCGCUGCAUUACUCUUCGUUCGCAGCACGAUGUCGACAACCGACAGGUUUGGGGUGAAGCUUUGGGAGGCCUUCAAACCCAGGCACUUCAAGAGAUGGAUGUGAGACAGUGUGUACUAUCCGAUUCCCAUGAAUAUUGCUUAGAUCGAUCGUAUCCAAAGCUUCAAAUCCUCAGACUGAUUGAUGAUGAUCUUCAAGAGGACGACAUACAACAUGUCAGUAGUCUUCUCUUGAAAUCUCCAAAACUGAAAGAACUUGAUCUAUCAAGGAACAACAUUGGUCGAGGUAUCCAGAGCCUUGCGGAGAGGUUUCCACAUCUUGAUCAACUUCAAGUGCUAAAGCUCACGGACACUGGCUUGACAUCAAAAGAAGCGAUCACUCUUGCCGGAUAUAUUCCUAGCUUGGUUAAUCUUCAAGCGUUGUCCCUGAGCCGUUAUGAGUAUUCGCCAGUGAUAAUAACUGCAGAAGCCUUGCUCACAGUUUUACAGUGGUCGUGCAGAUGCCCAUUGCUAAAAGAUCUUGAUAUCAAGCAGUGCGUUUUGACAAUCCUUGAUUUGGAUGAAGCCGAUGUAUCAGUGGAUUUAAAAGAUGGUUCUCAGAUGCUGGUAGAUGAAUCACGUUCAUCGGAAGGUUUAGCAGACGGUCCUCAGAUGCUUGCAGAUGAACUGCAUUCAUCUGUAGAUUUAGCAGACGGUCUUCAGACAGUGGCAGAAGAACCAUAUUCAUUAAAAGGUAUAGAAGACGGUUCUCAGAUGCUGGCAGAUGAAUCACAUUCAUCAGAAGUUUUAGCAGAAGGUCCUCAGAUGCUGGCAAAAGAGCCAUAUUCAUCAGAAGAUUUAGCACACGGUCCUCAGGUGCUGGCAGAUGAACCACAUCCAACACUUAAAAGCACCAUUGAAAACUUAGAUUUGAGUAGUAACUAUUUUGGCAAGUGGACACAACAAUUCCUGAGGCUUCUGAAGUAUAUGCCCUUCUUGAAGAACUUGGACAUGAGUAGCAUGAGUCUCACAUAUGCAGACGCAGUAUGUCUAGCUGAGGUUCUCCCAUACUGUCAACGACUACAAACUGUACAUGUAGGAGACAACAAUCAGAUGGGAAAUCGUGGUCUCGAAGUAUUGCUGGGAGUGAUUCCGGAACUUCCUGAUCUGAAAUAUCUUUCACUGCCAGAUAGGGGUAGAAAACCUCCCGAGAUGGUUCGAGAAUGCCUCCAACAUGGUCACCGAUACAGCAUUAUCAGAUACUUUCACCAUUUUAAUCGACCCCAAAUUGAGGCUGUAGUUCAGGUUGUCAAGCGAUUUAAGGGAAAACAGAACAACGUUGAUAAAAGGGCAAAGCUAAUCUUUGAUGUAUAAAGUCAUAGCUACC